UGUUGUCCCGGGAAGAGCAGCAGCUUCAAUUUGUGUCCCAUGGGAGACAAGUGAAUCUGAAGUUAUAUAUUAUAUACGACGUAGGGGAUGACAGCAGUUUAUCAUUAACCUGAACUCUGCAAGAAGCACAUAAGGAGAGAAAGAAGAAGAAAGCCAGAGGAGCAGCCAGGAUGGAAUCCACCAUAAAGAUCAACAAUGCUGCGGACAUCUCUGUUAUUGUCAUCUAUUUUUUGUUAGUUCUGGCAGUGGGACUAUGGGCCAUGUACUCAACCAACCGAGGGACAAUAGGAGGGUUUUUCCUGGCUGGACGGAGCAUGGUUUGGUGGCCGAUCGGGGCUUCUCUGUUUGCCAGCAACAUCGGCAGCGGGCACUUUGUGGGAAUAGCGGGCACAGCAGCAGCUGGUGGGAUUGCCAUCGGAGGAUACGAGUGGAAUGCUCUGAUAUUUGUGGUGAUUCUGGGAUGGGUCUUUGUCCCCAUCUACAUCAAAGCUGGGGUGGUGACAAUGCCCGAGUAUCUGAAGAAGCGUUUUGGUGGGAAGCGGAUCCAGAUCUACCUGUCGGUCCUUUCCCUGAUCCUCUACGUUUUCACAAAGAUCUCAGCUGACAUAUUCUCUGGGGCUGUGUUUAUCCAGCUGGCUAUAGGGCUGAAUCUCUACGUGGCCAUAAUUAUCCUGCUUUCUAUUACUGCUAUUUACACUGUCACAGGUGGCCUUGCAGCUGUGAUUUACACAGACGCCUUACAAACAUUCAUCAUGGUAGUGGGAUCCUUUAUUCUCCUGGGAUUUGCCUUUCACGAAGUGGGAGGGUACAAGACUUUCAUGCGCAAGUACAUGGAAGCAAUUCCAUCCAACACCUCCUACGGGGGCGUUGAGGUUGAUCCCCAGUGCUACACCCCCCGGCACGACGCCUUCCACAUCUUCCGAGACCCCGUCACCGGAGACCUGCCGUGGCCAGGGCUGGUCUUUGGCCUCAGUGUGCUGGCCAUGUGGUACUGGUGCACAGACCAGGUUAUUGUGCAAAGAUGUCUCUCUGGCAAGAACAUGUCCCACGUGAAGGCUGGUUGUAUCAUGUGUGGAUACCUCAAACUCCUGCCCAUGUUCAUCAUAGUGAUGCCUGGAAUGAUCAGCCGAAUUUUGUACACAGAUGUGGUGGCUUGUGUUGUGCCUGAAAUCUGUAAGCAGCACUGUGGCACUGCAGUGGGCUGCACAAAUAUUGCUUACCCAAAAAUGGUAGUGGAGCUCAUGCCAAAUGGUCUGCGGGGGCUGAUGCUCUCAGUCAUGUUGGCCUCCCUCAUGAGCUCCCUGACUUCCAUUUUUAACAGUGCCAGUACUUUGUUCACUGUGGACAUUUACACCAAAAUCCGGCCCCGAGCGUCUGAGAAGGAGCUGAUGUUGGCGGGCAGGGCAUUUAUGUUACUCUUAAUUGGUGUCAGCAUUGCCUGGGUUCCCGUGGUUCAGUCAGCUCAGAGUGGGCAGCUCUUUGACUACAUCCAGUCAAUCACCAGCUUCCUGGGACCUCCCAUUGCUGCUGUUUUCCUGCUCGGCAUCUUCUGCAAGCGUGUCAAUGAGCCGGGUGCCUUCUGGGGCCUCAUCAUUGGGCUGCUGGCUGGACUGGGCAGGAUGAUUUCAGAGUUUGUCUAUGGAAAUGGCAGCUGUGCCAGCCCUUCCAACUGCCCCUUCAUCAUCUGUGGCAUUCACUACCUUUACUUUGCACUGAUUCUCUUCGGGGCUACAGCCAUCGUCAUCCUGGGAGUCUCCUUCAUGACUAAGCCCAUUCCUGAUGUACAUCUUUACCGCCUGUGCUGGUCCCUGCGGCACAGCAAGGAGGAACGGAUUGAUAUUGAUGCAGAUGAGGAGCAGGACAAGGCUAAGGAAAAAGAUGAGGAAUCAGUUAACGAGGAAAGCCAAGAGGAACCUGGCUGUGUAAAGAAAGCCUAUUACUGGUUCUGUGGCUUGGAGCAACAGAAAGGCCCCAAACUGAGCAAGGAGGAAGAGGAGGCCCUGAAGAAGAAGCUGACGGACACAAGCGAAGUUCCCCUCUGGAGAAAUAUUGUGAAUGUCAACGGCAUCAUCCUGCUGGCCGUGGCUGUGUUCUGCCACGCCUACUUUGCGUAGCUCUGCUCCCAUCCCCCACACUGCUGCACUGCCAAGCAAAUCGAGGGCUUGUACAUUUACACACUCAAACACACUUAAUGUUUGCAUCAUCCACACUGGUAAAAAAUCCGCGUGAUUUACUCACUGAUUUUAUGAUCAUAAUUUCAACAAUCUAAAGAUGAAGGGCACUGGGAUUUCAAGAGAGGAAAUACCUGUUUAGACACUGAACCAAUGCAGGGCUAAUUGAGGUUCAGAGUUUCCAUCUGUUAUUCUCUCUGCUCAUGAUACAUUUCAUAUUUUAGGUUCAGAACAAGGCUUCAUGAGCCGUAUUUCAUAUCAGGGUUUGUGAACUACCUUUUAGGGUUGAUGAUGCUAUUUAGAUUUUCAACCCUUCUGAUCUCUCAAAUUUCUUUUUCCUUAGGCUAUGAUAAUUUGUUAACAAAAAAACCUACAACCACUGAGGGACUGUAUUACAAAUUCCAAUUGGAACAUCACUUUUGUCCCUCCAAACAUGGGAUAUCUGAAGUAAAGGAUUUAUAUGUAUAUUAGUGUAUUUGACACUAUGUCUAACUUUGCAUUAUGACUUCUUUCCCCUUUUUCUCACUUUCCAUUGGGUUGUGUUUCUCAUUCAUCAGUGCAACACUAACCUCUGAAUUGAUGGCAUUUUGAAAUUGGGGAACACCUCUUUCAAUGAUCCUAAUAAGAAUUCUGCUUCCAACAGAUCCUCUGUUUAAGCUUAACUUCUAAAGGUCCUCCUCUCUUGAUAUUUUAAUACAUACCUAUACUUGAAUGUGAAGCUUUUUAUACAAAAUACAUAUAUUAUAUAUACACAGGCAAUACAUUAUAUACAUGCACUAUAUCUGUUAUAUAUAUUUAAAAAUAUAUUUAAGUAUGUGUGUGUAUAUAUAUAUAUAUUUAUUUCUUACUGAUUGACCCUGGGAUGUCAAGGACCACGUUACUGUGGGGUUGGUGUCAAUGUCUUGCCUCUCUCUCUGGACUGUGCUACAAACCCUGUGCCCACAGGAUGCUGGGCUGCAUUUUGCAAAUGCAUUUGAGGGCUCUGUGCUGCUUUUCUGCAAAGCUAUAAAUCCUUCUCUGAAGAUUUCACUGAGAACUAGGAUUCCUGCUGCCUGGCAGCAUGAGUUAGCAGUUUGUGGAGGAGAAUAGUCACAGCUGUGGGAUAUCAGCUAAACCAGGCUGAUUGUCUGCACUUGAUAAGUUUGGUACCAGCUGGGGACACAGGAAAAGGCAGAUUUAACACUUCAAAGCAAAAAGCAAGAGAUUUUCUUUUCAUCUCAUUCAGCUGCCUGGGGAACCAAGUGUAACACAAAGAUGUUGGUUUGCUUAGUCAAGCUGCAGCAGUUCCCUGAUCCUUGUUGCAUUGUCCCAAAGCAUUUCAGACGAUGGUCCUGACUGGAACAAGUGCAGCUGAAAGGGAAGGCAGUGCCACACCACUGCUGCUGCCUCCUGCAGCUCUAAUCACUCUCACUUCAUAACCCUCUCACAGCAUCUCUGCUUGCUUUGGAUCUAACCCAAAACGCUCUGGAUUCCAGGACUGCUGCUCUUCAGUAGAAUUGCUGCUCUUCAGCACAACCCCUGCAGUAUCCUGAAAGGUUUUGUAUAGGCCAGAUCUAAUCAAUGCUACAGAAAUACCAGUGCAAGCCUUUUUUUCCUUACACUUCACACAGAGUAUUUUAAAGACCAUGGAAUGAAUUAUAUUUAAUGAACUAUGAAGAGUUGUAUGUAUUAAAAUACUUGUAUAUUUGUAAGUGUUUGGUGUCCACAAAGUGAUGGGAUUUUUAUGUGAUGUGAUGGAAGACAGAGAAACUUCAUUUGGUUUGGGCUCUGGGUAAUAGUAAUGGAUGAAAAACAAACAAGGAGGGUUUCACUGAGGAUUGCCCAGAUCCCUCCUUGUCAUCCUUUGCUACAGAACGAAAAAAAAGAUGAAAUUAUAGAGCAAUUUGGAUAAAGAAAAUAACACAAGUGAUUUCCUGGCAGGCUGAGCAGCCUUUGGAUGACCUCCUGGUUAAUCAGGUACCAUCACUUCAGUUUCCUCCCCAGGACUACAGAAUCUUGAAAAUCUAACCCACAGUUUCUCAGGAAUGUUCCCUGUAUGUCCUCAGCAACCUGAUUUCAUUCUGGUCUGAAAACUGGAUGUUGUAGAGGGAAGAGUUCAAAUGUUUCCAUAAAGUUGGAGAGCUGCUGCUGACUCCUCUCAUUCUGUAGAAUUCCAUAGAAAA